UUUUGGUAGCAUUGUCGGUAGAGGGGCUCCAGCGCUCCAUCCAUGCGGCCACAAGUUGCAGUUACAGUACAGUGCGUCCAGGUGAAGCCGCUGCAGCACAAGGAGGCCCUCCCACGGCGGCUCCCUGGCUGUCCAGAUCGGGGCGGCUCCAGGACUAGUCCCAGCCCUUCCAGAAGUGUCAACCGGAGCCCGGACAAGGUCGUCCCUGUGCGUUCACGGAGUCUGCCUGAGGACUCUGAUGAGGCGUUGAUAUGUGAGCCUGUCACAAGAAGUGCCAUUGUGGAAUGUGGAACGCACUCCGAGCCACUUUCUGGAAUGCGAAACACAUCUCCUACACCACAACCAAAGACAGCUGCUGGUGCUGAACUUGCGCGACGAAGAACAUUGAUGAAGAAACAGGCUCAAUCGUCGCCUUUGUUGCUGCCACCGCGAUUGGGUGUCAAUUCCAGGAGCAGCUCUGUGGAAACGGCAAAGUCUGCUGAAAGCCGGGCUAAAACGACCCCGCGAUCACCAGCCUGUGCCGCACAGACAUCUCCAAGUGGUACCGAUGAUGAGCACUCACCGCCGAGUGUCUCUGCCUGCAGCAACUACAGUAGUGAGACGGCAAGAAGUCGCCGCCGUGUUAGUAUAUCAGAAGAAACUGAAGACAUCGAAGUUCCUCGGGCAUGGGGAACUGUGGAAAGAACCUUCAAGGCCUUCUGCGGCAUCAAGCCAGGCAUGGAUGGGAAGACCUUUGCAAAGCUUUGCAAGGAUGCCAAUAUGGUAGACAGGUCAUUGACCAAAACCGAUGUUGACAUCAUUUUUGCCAAGGUGCUUCAGAAGGGAAACCGGCGCAUUGGGCUGGAGCAGUUUGAUGCAGCUCUGGAGCUCAUCGCAAAGCAGAAGAAUACCACGCUGGAAGACGUAUGGUCUCAUGUGAGGUGUUGUGGUGGGCCUGUUCUCACAAGCACAAAAGCAGAAACCGUGCGCUUCUAUGACGACAAGAGCACCUACACUGGAACGCACAAGGAGGGAGGGCCAGACCCUGGCCGGAAAGGCCGGGGCACAUUGACGUGGUCCUCAACGUCACCGACCAGCUCAACUGUCCCCAAUUCCCCAAGGGAUCCCUUUGAGACGGUGAUGAGCUUGCCGGCACUUGGGUCAACAAUGUCAACAAUCCUCGAUUCAGACAAGCGGAUCGCGGGUCGAGCGGGAAGCCUCAGCGAGAAGAAGAUUGCCCAGCAGUUGCGGGGAAAAGAUGGAACAGUGGAGGAUACUUUCAGAGCCUACUGUGCAAACAAACCUGACUUGGAUGGCAAGAGCUUCGUCAAGCUGUGCAAGGAUUGUGAAAUUGUGGAUAACAUCUUCACGCAGAUCGACGUAGACCUGGUCUUCGCAAAAGUGGUUACCAAGGGUCACCGUCGGAUCACCUUGCAUCAGUUUGAAGUGGCACUGGGAAUGAUCGCGCAAAAGAAGGGAGUCGAUGAGGAUUACAUUUUUCGUCGUGUUGCAGAAUCAGAGGGCGUUUUGCAUGCCGGUACACAAGCAGACUAUGUGCGAUUCUUUGAUGACAAGAGCACAUACACUGGAACCCAUCUCUAUGGAGGUCCUGACAGUACCACCAGAAGCAGCUUUGAUCAGCUUUGGAGCUCUGGGCUCCGUCCGGAUGAAGAAGACCGGCUCCCAGAUAUGGUGGUGACCAAAAUCGCAGAGAUCAGUCCCACAGGAGCUGGGACAAGACCUGAGCGGCCAGUCUCUCAAAAGGCUCCGCCCAGACAGCGGUUGGCCAUCACCGCGAAGAGCAAACCUCCUCAAGGGAAGACGGACGACUUUACAAUGGUUUUCACAGACGUGCAAGGCUCCACGUCUCUUUGGGAAGCCAAUCCUCGGGCCAUGGAACUGGCAUUGAGGCUUCACGAUGCGACCAUUCGACAGGUCUUAGCAAAGCAUAGUGGCUAUGAGGUGACAACAGAAGGAGACGCUUUCCAGAUUGCCUUUCAUGACACGUGCGAUGCAGUGGCUUUCUGCUUGGACACACAGGCAGAGCUGCUGCGCUGUGACUGGCCAGCUGCCACACUAUCGCACCCAGAUGCUGCUGCCAGUGAUGAUGCAUGGAGAGGCCUUCGCGUGCGUAUGGGUCUGCACUCAGGGCGGCCAGCCUCUGUCACCAAACAUGAGGUUACUGGCCGCUGGAGAUAUGCAGGACCAAGUGUAGCUAUGGCCAAGGCGAUUGAGGGCGUCUGCCACGGAGGGCAGAUCAUUUUGUCUGCAAGCAGCUUCUACCUGAUUGAUGGCUUGCUGACUGUGCUUGGCAGUCCCCAGGUUGUUGACCUGGGAGAGCACAUUUUGGAGGGGCAUGGCCUGACAGAAGAUGCAUCCAGAACUGGAUGUGCGGGCCGUGCGAAAGUGCAAUUAAUUCAACUAGUGGCACAUGAGCAGGCUCACGCAUAUUCGUGUGAGGAUUCUGCGGAUGCAUCUACCUUCACUGGUGGUCGAGUCUUUCCUCCAAUAGACAGCGAGCAACAAAUCCUACCAGGGUUUGUGGAGUCUCCUGCAGGGCCAUCCAUCACCCUCUGCUUCGUUUUCACCCAGGGGGCUCGUGAACUGGUCGCCACUGAUCCAAUGCUUGCAAGCCAAUCACUUGGGCUUCUGCGUGGCUACUUGCGGGAAGUGCUCCGAAAUGCGGGCGACGGGAGUGGAUAUGAAUGCCAAGAAGACGAAGGUGCAUUCAUGCUGGCAUUUGCCAACAUGGUGGAUGCCGCCGUCUUCUCGAUCCUCCUGCAGAGGAAGUUGCCUCACUUGCCUUGGCCGGACGGUCUCAAGCAAAGAGGUCCGACCACGGCUCGUGGGCUUCGGGUCUCAAUAGGAGCACUUAGUGGUGGCUACACAUCCAGAAGACCACACGCAUCGACUGGACGAGCCGACUACUUUGGCACCAUAGUGAACCGCACCGCUCGCAUCGCAGCCGCUGCCCACCCGGGACAGGUGCUCUUGGGUGGCGACACCCCGAUAGAUCCGAGUGCCACUGGCCGCCUGCCAGGGUUGCAGUGGCAACAACCGCCGAAAUUGCCAGGCUAUCCACAAAUGAUCCCGCAGCCGACUCCAGGGGUGCAGCCAACUCCUGUGCAACAGCAGCAUCCUGGCAUCACAGGAUGGAAGGUUGGGCAACCUGGGCAGCAGGUUCAGCACCCUGUGCAGUCGCUGCCCAUGCAACCGCAGCCGAUGCAGCCACCGAUCCAGCCACAGCCGGUCUCACCAGCCCCUCAACAGUCAGCCGUGCCAGGUUGGUCACUCCAGCGCUUGGGUGCUUAUGCACUGAAGGGCAUCGACAGCCCCAUAGUGCUGACAGAGCUUCGGUUAUUUGACGAAGGAGGCAACUUUGAGUCUUUCCCGGAGCCAAAGACCAAGGGCCGUGUGUCUGCCUGAGAGGGCGAAGGUUUGGGCACUGCACCCAAAUCUCACCUGCAUUUUCAGCGAGCACGAAGUGCAACAGCUAAUGCAAUACCUGCCAUGCAGCCUGCCAAAAGAGGCAGCUUGGGACCCUAGCCAAAGCUGCUCAAAGCUAACUGUUUGAAUCGCAGCUGCAUGGACAGCAUAGUAAAGAAGCGAACGUGACCUACAUGAUCAGAUGACCUAUGCUCGAAAGGGACGAUUGGCAGAUGACAAGCUUUUGCCAACGUCCUCAGAUGCACCCGACACGACGUUCCGACUAGUGACUACUGAGUAUUAGUACUCGUUGAUUCUCAACCAACUCAGUGCCCG